AUGUCCCUGGAGCUUGAGUACCGUAAUACCUUCAUAGACAUCAAGGAGGAGGCUGAAGAAGUGGAGACGAGCAGCAAGGUUCGAGGUCAUAGCUCGCCACCUGGGCGUACUCGCCGCGUCAGCUUCACGAUGGAGACUGAACAGGAGGAAGAUGCCAUGAGAACCUACGUGUCUAACCUCGCCAAGUCUGCUCUUUUCUUUCGGAAAGACUUAGACACCUCUGCUGCUCCUUCCGAAAAUUCAGUGGAGCCCGCAAGUGUCCUUCCGAGCUUCUUGCCAGCAGUACCAAGUGCUGGCAGCUUGGGCCACCCGGAGGCAUGCCGUCGUCCCUGCAUUUACUUCAUCUCCGGCCAUUGUUCAAGUUCAGACGAUUGUGCUUACUGCCACCUUCCGCAUACGGAGAAGAUGCCAAAGCUUGACAAGAAGCAGCGCAUCAUGGUUCAGCAGUUCAGCCAGUCUCAGCUGCUGACACUUCUCCUUCCGUUGUGCCGGACCAGGGCCGAGCGCUGCGACUUUUCCAAAGAAGCAGCCGAGAUUCUCAACAUCAUGGAGGAGUCGAGCAGUGCAACGCCUCUACCAGAAUUCGUUUCCUCUCGAGAACUCCGUAACUUGCGCAAGACCCUUUCGAGGAUGAACUUUGCCACUUUGAUUGGCUUGCUGACGCAUCAGUCUACAAGUCAGCCUGGCGAUCAUCUUCUUGCUCGUUUGGUAGACACGAUGGAAGACCUUCGCCAGCAGCUUGCAGUCUGGGAGGUCAGUCCGUAG